AUGCAUCUUACUACAUGUUUGUAUUUAUUUACAUUGAUAUUUUCUUACUGCUUGCCUGUCCUUUCUCCUCUCCCUGCGCCCUACUUGUGUGUUCUUGCUCUUGCUUGUUGCAUGCGCAGGUUAAUUUCUUCUUGUGCUGUCCUGUGUCCUGUGUCCGCCCUCACAUUGUUCGCGUUAGUCUGCACUCCGUUCAUUUGCAUGGAACAUGUUUGA